UACCUUCCGCUUCGGUUCUGCACUGCAAGUGUGCACGCGUGGUAUCUUUCUUCGAACGUUGGAUUCCGCGAUGGAGGAUGUAAUCCGAUCGACCAUAACAGGAUAGGCAAAUCUUUCAUGAAAUUAAGGAUUACCGGUAACAAUAGACAAGCUUCCAUUGCAAUGGGGGAGGUCACCGAGGGUGAGUAUGUGCCUGUCAAUGAAUUACCUUCCCCCAGGGCAAAUCACAUGAAGAAAGUUUCAGUUCUUCCUCUUGUGUUUCUCAUCUUCUAUGAGGUUUCUGGGGGACCUUUUGGUGUUGAAGAUACUGUGCAGGCUGCUGGUCCUCUAUUAGCCCUGCUUGGGUUCUUGGUUUUCCCAUUCAUAUGGAGUAUUCCUGAAGCUUUGAUUACUGCUGAGAUGGGUACCAUGUUCCCUGAAAACAGUGGCUAUGUGGUUUGGGUUUCCUCUGCUUUGGGUCCCUAUUGGGGGUUUCAGCAAGGUUGGAUGAAAUGGUUGAGUGGGGUGAUAGAUAAUGCUUUAUACCCAGUUCUAUUUCUUGAUUAUCUGAAGUCAGGAAUCCCUGCAUUAGGUGGUGGCUUACCUAGAGUUGUUGCAACCUGGGGUCUGACAAUACUUCUCACUUAUUUGAACUAUAGGGGAUUAACCAUUGUGGGAGGGAUUGCUGUUUGUUUAGGGAUUUUCUCACUCCUACCUUUUGUGGUUAUGGGGUUGUUGGCAAUUCCAGACUUAGAACCUUCAAGAUGGGCUGUGACAAACCUAAAUGAUGUUGACUGGAAUUUGUAUUUGAAUACUCUAUUUUGGAAUCUUAAUUAUUGGGACUCCAUAAGUACUCUUUCUGGAGAAGUGGAAAAUCCAAAGAAAACUCUUCCAAAAGCUCUGUUUUUUGCUCUGAUCCUAGUAGUUCUGAGUUACUUCUUUCCUCUUCUAAUUGGUAUUGGUGCUGUUCCCGUCAAUCGUGAGUUGUGGACUGAUGGGUACUUCUCAGAUAUUGCCAUGAUUGUUGGAGGAGUGUGGUUGAGAUGGUGGCUUCAGGCAGCAGCUGCAAUGUCAAACAUGGGAAUGUUUGUUGCAGAAAUGAGCAGUGACUCUUUCCAGCUUCUAGGGAUGGCUGAGAGGGGAAUGUUGCCUGAGUUCUUUAGCAAGAGGUCUCGCCAUGGAACCCCACUUAUAGGAAUACUUUUUUCAGCCUCUGGUGUAAUUUUACUAUCAUGGUUGAGUUUUCAAGAAAUUGUAGCUGCAGAGAAUUUCUUGUACUGUUUUGGAAUGAUUUUAGAGUUUAUUGCAUUCAUAUUGCUGAGGAUCAAACACCCCAAUGCAUCUAGGCCUUACAAGGUACCAGGGGGAACGGUUGGAGCAAUUCUUAUGUGUAUCCCUCCUACAAUAUUGAUUUGUGUGGUAUUGUUUUUCUCCUCCCUCAAAGUAAUGGUUAUAAGCCUCAUUGCUGUGGCGAUUGGCCUUGUGAUGCAGCCUUGUCUCAAAUUUGCCGAGAAAAAGAGAUGGAUGAAGUUCUCCCAUAGCUCUGAGCUCCCUGAUUUUGACAAUGAGGAGAGCACUCACUCUUUGGUGCAUUAAUUUGUCCUCUUUCGAUUAUGUUUUGAAUUUUGAUAAUGGGGACAGGAUUUACUCUGAGGUCUUGAAGCAUAAUAGUUAUUGUUUCAACAUCUCUGAACACAACCACCGUUGAAGGGCAGCUUUGUAUCCUAUGCUUUUGACACUUGAGCUAUUUAUCUAUGUUUGUAGUUUGAUCAUAGAUGAGAUGGCAAUAAGAAACCUGGAAGCUAGUAUUUAGAAUGUCAUUUAUUUGGUUUCCCUGUAUUAUUCAUGCAAUGAUGCUCAUCAACUCAUUUGAGCAGCCAACUUGAAAAUGUUUUAACUACAGCCCGCAGUUAAGCCUAUAGUGAUUGCACUGGA